AUGGCGCCUGCGUGGCAACUUCAACUGAAACGCGUGCAUCUCGUGCUAACCAAAAUCUGCCGAACCACGUGGCUUCAAGAGGACGGCUACUACAAUUUCCGCAGUGAAGUCGUCUGCAUCGCCAGUGAGGGACCGGAAGCGCCCACGUGCUUCGAAAACAAUGAUUUGUAUAAUUACCUUGUGCUCAAUAAUCAGAGGACUUAUGAUGGCAAGCCAAUUGGUGCCAAACGACAGUUGAAGGCAAAAGUGUUUUAUUCAGAUGGACAUGUACAUUCUGUUAUGUUCCAUGAAAUAAACAGGACCAUUAUGCAUGGUUAUGUCCAUCCCCACACAGAAGGAGAACAAAAAAGGACUACUGUUCUUGGGCUUGUUUGUCCAAAGUCACUGGAAAUGUUCAUGCUGCUGGGUGUGAUUGUGAAGCUGGAUGAUGUACUGGAGACAGAUUGGUCAGCCAGUGAAAGAUGUUCUGUGGGUAUUGAGAAUAAAUGGAAUUCUAGCCAGACACAGGACAUCUACUUACCUGUUUCCUGUCCAUGUGGAAGUCUACAACCUAGAUAUGGAAGGCUACUUUUGACAGCAGUACCAAGUAUUUUCCCUUGGACCCAGAUGGAAACCGAGACGGCUAAAAGCAGAGUGGAGCGCAUGAAAAGGAGAGAUUGUAGGGAAAUUAGACAUGUCAUAGCUAAUGAUGAAGAUGAUGAUGUAGAUGAUGAUGAUGAGAAUGAUGAGAAGGAUGAUAAUGAUGAUAAUGAUAAUGAUUAUGAUGAUGGUGAUGGUGGUGGUGGUGGUGGUGAUGAUGAUGGUGAUGAUGGUGAUGAUGAUAAUGAUGUUGAUGAUGUUGAAGAUGAUGAUGAGGAGGAAGAGGAUGAUGAUGAUGAUGCUUCUGCUGCUGCUGCUGAUGAUAACGACGAUGGUGAUGGUGGUGGUGGUGGAGUCGAUGAUGACGAUGAUGAUGAUGAUGAUGAUGAUGAUGAUGACGAUGACGAUGACAAUGACGAUGAUGUUGAUGAUGAUGAUGAUGAUGUUGAUGGUGAUGGUGAUGGUGGUGGUGGUGAUGAUGAUGGUGAUGAUGACGAUGAUUGUGAUGAUGAUUGUGAUGAUUGUCAUAAUGGUGAUGAUGAUGAUGAUGAUUGUGAUGGUGGUGGUGAUGAUGAUGAUGAUGAUGAUGAUGAUGAUGAUGAUGAUGAUGAUGAUGACGAUGACAAUGACGAUGAUGUUGAUGAUGAUGAUGAUGAUGGUGAUGGUGAUGGUGGUGGUGGUGAUGAUGAUGGUGAUGAUUACGAUGAUUGUGAUGAUGAUUGUGAUGAUUGUCAUAAUGGUGAUGGUGAUGAUGAUGAUGAUUGUGAUGGUGGUGGUGAUGAUGAUGAUGAUGAUGAUGAUGAUGAUGAUGAUGAUGAUGGUGAUGAUGAUGAUGAUGAUGAUGGUGAUGAUGAUUGUGAUGAUUUUCAU